AUGGCCGAUGCCCUCCCUUGCCUUCUCAUUGCCGGAUGGUUUCGUUCCUCCGUGACCCCGGAAAGCGAGGAUGGCAUUGAAGGAGAUGCUGUACUCUCAGAUUACGAAAGCGCAGAAGACUCGGAGGCAGAGGAAGAGGAUUACAGUGAGGAAGAAAGCGCCAAAGUGGAACUGAAGCAGGAUAGUAAUGAUUCCUGCGAGUCAGCGGCAAAAGCAGAGAAAGGGGAUGAGAAACCUGACUCCAAAGGUGCUGUAACUGGUGAGAGGCAAAGCGGGGAUGGGCAGGAGAGCACUGAGCCUGUUGAGAAUAAAGUUGGGAAAAAAGUUCCCAAACACCUUCAUGAUGAUGAGGAUCGGAAGAACCCGGCUUACAUCCCGCGCAAAGGGCUCUUCUUUGAGCAUGACCUGCGAGGGCAGACGCAGGAGGAGGAGGUCAGGCCGAAGGGUCGUCAACGAAAGCUGUGGAAGGACGAGGGCCGCUGGGAGCAUGACAAAUUCCGGGAGGACGAGCAGGCCCCCAAGACCAGGCAGGAGCUGAUCGCGCUUUAUGGCUAUGACAUCAGGUCAGCUCACAACCCCGAUGACAUCAAGCCGAGGAGGAUGCGCAAACCCAGGUUUGGGAGUCCACCUCAGCGAGACCCAAACUGGUCCAACGAGAGGCCAAAUAAGCCGCCAAGGCACCAAGGCGCAGACAGCACUUCGGCUCCCCCACGAACCUUCACCAACAGGAGCUCUGCAGGUACCGGGAGGAUGCCCCCGCCUAGGAACUACCCGAGGAUGGGGGGCUACAAAGAGACCCGUCCAAGCUACCGAGCUUCGGAAGCAAGCAUCCAGCAUCUGUCUCGAAAUGGCGAGCAAGCUAAACAGGAGAGCAACUAUCGAGCGAAGCGUGCAGAGCACACCCCACCCAGAGAUAAGUCACCCGAGAUGGAAGCGGCACAUGUCCACAGCAGCCCUGUGAAGGAGGAGGUCGCUUUGGAAAACCAAGCCACGGCUGCUGAUGCUGCACAGCCACCGCCAGACAGACCAAUUGAAAAGAAGUCUUAUUCCCGGGCGAGAAGGACCAGAAUCAAAGCUGGGGAUGCGGGGAAGCUGGCAGAUGAAGUGCCCGCUUCGGAAGGGCUGACUCCUGUGCCUCCAAAACCUGUGCAAGCCGAGACGUCCCCCCCACCAGCCAAGAGUAGUAACUGGGAGUCACCGGUAGAAUCCAACUUGGAUGGACUCGAGCAAGAGAUGACCCAAAUGAAUCUCACUGAGCAGAACUGGACUCCGGGGCAGUCGCAGUUCAUACAGCCCCGGGAGCUGAGGGGUAUUCCUAACCAUAUGCACGUGGGAACUGGGCCACCGCCUCAGUUUAACAGGAUGGAGGAAAUGGCGGUGCAGGGGGGCCGUGUCAAACGCUACUCGUCGCAGCGGCAGAGACCGCCGGUGCCGGAGCCUGCCCCCCCCAUGCACAUCAGCAUCGUGGAAGGGCACUACUAUGACCCAUUACAAUUCCAGGGACCAAUCUACACCCACAGCGAGAACCCGGCCCCGCUGCCGCCCCAAGGGAUGAUCGUACAGCCAGAAAUGCACCUCCCUCAUCCAGGUUUACAUCCCCACCAGACGCCAGCCCCCAUGGCAAACCCUGGGCUGUACCCUCCGCCGGUCUCCAUGCCUCCGGGCCAGCCCCCGCCGCAGCAGCUGCUUGCACCCACUUACUUCUCCCCUCCUGGAGUCAUGAAUUUUGGGAAUCCUGGCUACCCCUACCCCCCAGGAGCACUACCCCCUCCGCCUCCUCCUCACCUCUAUUCCAACACGCAGGCCCAGUCCCAGGUGUACGGAGGGGUCACGUACUACAACACUGUCCAGCAGCAAGUGCAGCCCAAGCCUUCUCCGCCUCGAAGGACGUCCCAGCCUGUGACUAUCAAGCCGCCGCCUCCUGAGGACAGCAAAGGUGAAAAAUCAAAGGAGAGGAGCAACACGUAG